AUAAAGCUGUCAUUAUUAUAUAACAACUAUACGUAUUAUGAUGUUAUUAUUUAGUUAUGUUGUUGCUUGGUUACAUUUGAUGCCUCCGCACGUGGGAAGCUACCGGUUUGAAAGAUGCGGCUUCACUUGCUUUUCUGCACCAAGAUGGCAAGAAUCAGACGAAUUGAGAAAGCUGUUUGCUGGAGCGACGACAGAUACUGGGCAACUUGGGACAAGUGGGGAGAGGUGAUUGACUGGGGAGAUGAGAAAGAGCUGUGCUCCCCAGCAGAAUCACCUUCUGACCAGGCUGACAGUUCCACUGAGUCACAUUCCCGAAGGCGAAUUGCCAAGGCAGUUAGCUGGACGGAUGAUGCUUAUUGGGCAGCCUGGGACAAGUGGGAAGAGAUCAUCUGCUGGGGUGAUGAAGAGGAGUGCUCCCAAGUAACUCCACCCACUAGCCAGCUUGGGAGGGAUAAGGGGAUAGAUGUAUAUGGGUUGGAGGCUUUUGUGAUAAAUAACAGGACAAUCUCCAUAAAGCCUGUAGACAACCAUCAAGAGAGUCUGAAGAUAGGAGCUGUGCUGGUAGACCUCUGCCAGUUUGAUCUCGAAUAUUUAGAUCAAAGUAAAUUUAAUUUUGAAAUUGUGCAAGUACAAAUUGGAGAAGUUGAAGUGGAGGAGACUAGAGAAAAGGCUUUUGAAAAAGCAUUUGAAUUGGAAAUUGUGGAUGUGGCAGUUGAAGUUAUAAACAGUGAAUUCCAACUGAAUGCAAUAAAUUUGGAUAUUGUUGAGACUAAGGUGGACAAAUUAUUAUUGGAAGAACUGAUCGUUGGCGAUUUAGAAGCAGGCAAUGUGAAGGUGUCAGUAUCAAAUGGCAAUGUGGUGAAGGUACCCUUAAGGUACCCUUCACCACAGAGGAACAGAAGGACCAGGCAACCUUAGACCAUACUCUCUGGUGGUUGACUCGUGGCAACUGGACUUGUCUCUGAAAGUUAGAAACGUUUCGCUGAUCAUCCAAGCAGCUUCUUCAGCCUGAGGGAGGUAGUAAGUGUCCACAUAUUUAUCCUCCUGGGUAAGUAGUAUAAGGGGGCUCGUUGAGUGAAACAA